AGAGAGCGAUCCGCCUGCGGAGGGACUGCUGCCCUCAGAAGGCGAGGAAAGUCUGGAACCUGCGGCAGCGGUGCUUACUUCUCUCCCAGCCGGUGUUGCGCGCUCUCUUCUGCGGGUGAGAGGCUGUACGAUCCUCGGCAGUGAUCUGAGACUGUACGCCCCCCGAUUAUCCACCACCUGUGGCCCCCCAGCCUGGAAGCACAGCCCCCUGCUGCAUGCCAGGAUCCUCAGGGUCCUCCUGUUCUGCGCACUGGGCCGCACUGUUUUCCUUUUUUUUGCGUUUUGCAUUUUUUAAAUAGAAAACAAGCUUCUGUUAACUCUAAAGUUGGACUUAACUCAGACUGUCGGACUUACAAGACUGAGAUUAAACCAUGGCGGCUGACAAGGAGAAAAAGAGGAGCAGCUCAGAGCGGCGUAAGGAAAAGUCCCGCGAUGCGGCUCGCUGCAGAAGGAGCAAGGAGACGGAGGUGUUCUACGAGCUGGCCCACCAGCUGCCCUUACCACACAGCGUCAGCGCUCACCUGGACAAGGCCUCCAUCAUGAGGCUGGCCAUCAGCUUCCUGCGCACGCGCAAACUGCUCGCCACAACCAUGAACACACACGCAGAGACACAAGAAGGCUGCGGCAGCUGCAACCAAGCCGAGGAUGGACUCAUGGACAACCUGUACCUGAAAUCUCUGGAGGGCUUUGUCACCGUGGUAACAUCAGAUGGAGACAUGAUCUUCCUGUCUGAGAACAUCAACAAAUUCAUGGGCCUCACGCAGGUGGAACUCACAGGUCACAGCAUCUUUGACUUCACACACCCAUGUGACCACGAAGAGAUCAAAGAAAACCUCAGCCUGAAGUCAGCAGGGAGCCUCCAUAAGAAAAGCAAAGACCUGAGCACAGAGCGAGACUUCUUCAUGAGGAUGAAAUGCACAGUGACCAACAGAGGGCGCACUGUUAAUCUCAAGUCAGCAAGCUGGAAGGUGCUGCACUGCACCGGCCACCUGAAGAUGUACGACGGCUGCCCGUCACGAGUCCUCUGUGGCUACAAGGAGCCUCCGCUCACCUGUGCUGUCCUGAUGUGCGAACCCAUCCCGCACCCGUCCAACAUUGAUGCCCCGCUGGACAGCAGGACGUUCCUGAGCCGACACAGCAUGGACAUGAAGUUCACCUACUGCGAUAACAAAGUGACAGAGUUGAUGGGUUACUCCCCUGAGGACCUGCUGGGUCGAUCGGUCUACGAGUUCUACCACGCCCUGGACUCAGACAGCGUCACUAAGAGCCACCACAACUUGUGCACCAAGGGCCAGGCAGUGAGCGGUCAGUAUCGCAUGCUGGCGAAGAACGGAGGCUAUGUCUGGGUGGAGACUCAGGGAACUGUCAUUUACAACAGCCGCAACUCUCAGCCCCAGUGCAUUGUUUGCAUCAACUACGUCCUGAGCGACGUGGAGGAGAAGUCGGUGAUUUUCUCCCUGGAGCAGACGGAGGCCAUGUUCAAGCCACCUCACAUGAGCAGCUUCUUCACCACCGAAGGAGCAGGCAUGACUGCAGAGGGAAGAGACUCCCUUUUCACCUCCUUCAAAGAGGAGCCAGACGACCUGGCUCAGCUCGCUCCGACGCCUGGAGACACCAUCAUUUCCCUUGACUUUGGUCGUCCUGAGUUUGAGGAAUCCCAGCAGCCAGCACCAUUCCCCUCAGUGUCCUCUUCAUCCAUGCCACCUCCUGGACCUUCAUCUUGGACAGGCGAGAGCCAGAAACCAGCUCCUGCUGCCGGCGACAUGCCUUUAAGGGCUGGUGCUUUCACCAUGCAGCAGAAGCCUCCACCUGGAAGCGCUACUCCGAGCCUCAGCAGCUGCUCCACGCCUAGCAGCCCAGGUGAUUACUACAGCUCAGUGGAGAGCGACCUGAGGGUAGAGCUCACCGAGAAGCUGUUUGCUCUGGAGACUGACGGGAACGACAGGGCUGCACACAAAGAGGAGGACUUAAGUGACCUGGAUUUGGAAACCCUGGCCCCUUACAUCCCAAUGGACGGUGAAGACUUUCAGCUGAAUCCCAUCAUCCCAGAGUCAGAACCUCUGGAAGGGGCUGGAGCAGGAUCCAUGGGGAGCAUGAGCAACCUAACCAUCCAUCAGAGCUGCAACAAUGUGGCCAGCCUCUUCCAGCCACUGACCUCUCUUCCUCAGCCUCAGAACGGCUAUCAGCAGCAACCACAAGCGGCAUGGGCCAGCGGUGAGAGAAGAGGCUCCAACCUGGGCUCUGUGGAGUCCCAGCAGAGGUCAUGCAUGAUGCGCCCCAUUCACAACCCAGCUUUCCGAGGCCCGGCCAGCACACCACUGUCUUCCAUGCAGUGGCCUCCUGACCCAAUAAUAACCUACCAACAAUGGCCGCCGAAGGCCUGUCUGAUGGACAAUCUGUUUGGGGAAGAACGCCCCUCAUGCCAGCAGAACAUGUCACUUCUAAUGCAUAAACAAAGGUCUGUUGACAAUUUUGUGCAAGCGUACAAAGACGUUAGUCCAGCUACAGUUGCCAUGAAUAACAGCAUGAAGCGCUCCUUCAACCAGAUGGCUCUGGGUGAUAAAAAGGUGACAAACAUUGUAUGGAAGAAGAUGAGGGGUGACGGCUGUAUGGAUCGCUCCCUGAGUGCAGGAUCCCUCACAGAGUCAGGGAUGAUGGGGCGCAUGAUGCCGAGAAACGGACCCCUCUUUCCCAGCCCUCUACACCAACACAGGACGUCUCAGUAUCAUGGGGGUGGGAUCAGGCGCCCCGAUGACAAACCUUUUCCCCGAAAGAGCUGCAGCUUCACAGAUUAUAACAUGUGUGCUUCUAACAAGACUGAAGGUAUAGCGAGCCGUUUGCUUGGCCCUUCUUUCGAACCCUCCUGUUUACCCCAGCUGACCCGUUAUGACUGCGAGGUCAACGUCCCGCUGCAGGGGAACCUCCAUCUCCUCCAGGGAUGUGACCUGCUCCAAGCCCUUGACCAGUGCAUCUAAACUCCAUAUGUCUGGACUUCGGCCCUAAGCCUCAACCUGCAGCCCAUGACUAAGUCUUUCUUUGCCUCUGGACCAAAUCCUGGAGGCUAGACCACCUGUAGACGGCGGAUUUAGUGAACACUUACUGCCUUACACAGCCCCUCUCCCUUCUUCCCUCUAAACAUGCAGAAAAAUACAGAGUUCAAGCCACAUACAGAGUUGAAUCAUUCUUCAGCCUAAAGCAGAUGUAGGCUGGGUGGAGGAGUGACCCCCGUACAUUGCAUCAGUUUGAAAUGGGUCGCUGGGGAAUGAAAGGUCAAUGCUGGGUAUUUAUGGGGUUAUAUAAUGUUACUCUCACUUUGUGUAUUAACGAGUUCUGACGGCAUGUAUGGAAUCACAUGGGUUGCAUUUAAAAGGUCGCGGAGGGAUGCAGUCGUUCCACUCCCAGGAUACCCCUCUAUCCUCUACCUAAAUCAUGUAGCUUUCAGGUGAACUUACACUACAUACACACUAGCAGAGACACUGUUCUCCUUCCUUUUUUUCUUUUUUUUGACUAACUUGAGCCUUUUUCUACAUGCAUUCAGAAACUAUUUGCUUGCAUCUUUCUUUCUGAAUCAGUUCUGCGGAGUUAUAGCUUUAGAUAUCCCACUAUAUAUUUUUCCUCAGUUUUCAUCAAUCUGUUGUGAGAUGAUUCCUUCAGCAUUUAUUCGCCAAACUGAAUAUCCUCAUUGAACUGAUGCAACACUGCCGCAUUAACACUGCCUUCUUGUGUUCUUGUAUAUGUGCUUCUUUUCAAAUAGCAGUAAAACACACCUAGUACACGUACUUCUUUUUAAAAUCUGAUCAUUUUGAAUGUGUCUGUGUGAGAACAGGGUAUUUUUUGUUUGUUUGUUAUUGUGACAUCAAUUCAACAAAUUCACCAGUUGCACAGAAGAGUUUGACUUGCACAAGGUUCAUAGGACGCAUCAAAGCAGUGGUGUGCACAGAUGACCGGGAGGAAAAGCCUGAAAAAUGUGUUCAGAUUUGCGGUUAUUUAUAUAUUGAUGGUUUUAGAAUGAUGAAAUUCGUGUGGUUUACUGUCACUAAAGAUUUUCUGCAUUUCCAGACAUUUUUAGCAGAAAGUGAUGAAUAGGAGAUUUAAUGCCAGUGUCCAAUUUGUGUAAAAAAUGUUAAGCUUGCUGCUCUAAUGUAGUUUAUUCAAAGAUUUUUCUCUUUUUUUUUUUUUUUUUUUUUUUUUUUUUUUUUUUUUUUUUUAGAAUUACAUUAUUUAAUUAUUUGGGUAAUAUAAGCAUAAUCAGAAAGUUUAGUUUUCUUAUGCAAACUAAAAUUCACGAUGAUGAAGCUUCAUUAAGCACCAUGUAAUAGUGAUUAGCUAAUACACUUCGCAUCGUUUAUAUAUCAGUCUUGGACUGUUUAUGCUCAGGUUUUUCAAAAGGAUACCAACAGCUUCUUAUCCAGCUUGUACCAUAGCGGACAGACGUUAAAGAA